AUGGCCACUACCAACCCAAACGAAGACGAUCACGUUCGAGAUCUUGAACAAUCACAAAACGAACCCGAACCAUCGCUCCCGCCAUCGAUCCCCUCGCACCUCGCCUACCGUCUCUACACAUCUCAUUUCCUUUCAACAUGGAACUCGCGACUCUUCGAAUUCGGAUCCGUGCUAUUUCUAGCAGCGAUAUACCCGCAGACUCUACUGCCCAUGUCCGUCUACGCGCUGGUACGUAGCGGCGCUGCAAUUAUCUUUGCUCGGGUGUUGGGGGCAUGGAUUGAUCGUGGAGAGAGGCUUUCAACGGUGCAAAUAUCGAUCAUUGGGCAGCGGUUGGCGGUUGCGGCGAGUUGUGCGAUCUUUUGGGUUUUGCAGCAGGAGUAUGACACACUCAAAGGAGGGAAGGCGAGGGAUGGGCUUUUUGCGGUCACGGUGGUGUUGGCGUGUGUGGAGAAGUUGUGCUCUGUGUUGAAUUUGGUUUCGAUUGAGCGGGAUUGGAUUGUUGUCAUUACGGAAGGCAAUGAGGGAGUUCGAAGAGUGAUGAAUGCGCGAAUGCGACGAAUCGACCUCUUUUGCAAACUCAUGGGACCAUUGACAAUCUCGCUGGUGGCGUUGGGGUCGACACUGAUUGCGAUUCGUGUUACUUUGGCCAUGAAUGUGGCUUCGGUGCUGGUUGAAUAUAUAUGUAUUGCUCAGGUGUACAAAAGGUUCCCUCAACUCCGCCGAAACGAAGCCGAGCGCCAGCAAAGGACCAUCGACGAUACCGCGCAACGAUCUGCUAAGACCACAAUAGUACAGUGCUUAAAGGCAAUCUUUCCCAUCUCGUCUCUUCACUUCUACAUCAACCACCCCGCAUUCGUCCCGUCGUUCGCACUAUCACUCCUUUAUUUCACCGUUCUAUCCUUCUCCGGCCAAAUGAUCACCUACCUCGUCUCCGUCGGCUACAGUACCCUCUACAUCGGUAUCGCGCGAACAGUAAGCACCGCCCUCGAACUCAGCGCGACAUGGAUAGCGCCGCGGAUGAUGAAACGGGUUGGCGUUGUUCGAGGGGGUAUAUGGAGUCUUUGCUGGCAGAUGGCCUGGCUUGGUGCGGGUGUCACAUGGUUCUUUGCGGACUAUAAUCGUGAAGGUCGCGAUGCGAUUGUUGCGGCGACCGGUCUUGCUGUAGGGGUUGCUCUGAGUAGGGUCGGGUUAUGGGGGUAUGAUUUGUGCGCCCAAAAUCUUAUCCAAGAUGAAGUCGAAGAUUCGCAUCGCGGAGACUUCUCCACCACCGAAGCCGCAUUCCAGAACCUUUUUGAGCUCCUGUCAUAUGCAUCGACAAUCAUCUUCUCGAAGCCAUCGCAGUUCCAGUGGCCGGUGGCUAUCAGUACGGCCGCAGUGUAUAUGGCUGGUGGCUUAUACGCGUAUUUUGUGCGACGGCGAAGAGGACAUUUGUUCCAUCCGCCGGAGUGGAUGCUGAUCAAAAGAUCUGAAGCUGUAUAA